UCCGGGUUCUCCUGGUCUGGCUCUGGGGUUCCGGGUCCUCCUGGUCCUCCUUGAGGUUCCAAGUCCUCAUCCGUGUAGCUCUUUAGUUCCAGAUGUUUUCAGCUGCAGUUCCUCCUCUGCUCGAGGGGGGCGCUGUCCUUUCUGCGGCGGUCCAUCGGUCCCGGAAAUACGUCACUCAGCAGGAAAAACAUUUCCUCCACGUGAAUCCUCUUUCACCGAACCGCGGCGCGUCUGACCGAGGCAGAGUCCCGGUUUUCCUCAGCACCGAGAUGGAGGACGUCAUCCCGCUGCCGGUAACGGAGGAAGGAAAAGCGGCCAAGAAAAGAUUCCGGUCGCAGAAACCCGACCCCGUAGAAGAGGAGCGGAACCGGCGGAAGAACGCCAGGAGGCUGGCGGUUCUGGGUGCAGAGGAUUUGGCGGUUCAGCGGCUCGAGGCGCAGGUGUUCGGGACGGAGCACGAGCUGCUCAACAGGCUCGAACAGCGCGGGACGGCUGACGUUGGUCUGGAUGUCCAGGAGGAGGAGGAGCGGCCGCCCGGAGGCUGCUGCCUUGAGGCGGAACAUGAAGGGGAGUCUGAGAGCGAGGGGGAGGAGCCACGGCGUCCCAGGGCACCUGCUUGGGUGGAUGAGGAUGACGAGCGCGUGGGCGAGGUGGACAUGACCCACCGUUACCGCAGAAACCUGGUCAGAGGGGGGGCGGAGUCCACCAUGACCACGGAGAGGCUGCAGCAGCGGAUGAGGGAGGAGUUCCAGAAGUCAAUGGGGGGAACACCGUCGUGGGCGGAGUCCAGCCACCGGAGGAGGACGGCUCCCGAGGAGGAGGAGGAAGAUGAUGACCUCCUGAGGAAGACUGGGAACUUCGUCGGGUCUUCGGAGAGUCUCCCCAGCGGCAUUCUAAAGAUGAAGAAGUGUCUCCACGCCAACAGCGCCCGCCCCUCAGAGGACAGACUGACCACCGUGCAGUUCCACCCCACCGCCCAGGUGGUCAUGACGGCCGGUCUCGACCAGUCCAUCUCCCUCUUUCAGGUGGACGGAAAGACCAACCCGAAGAUUCAGAGCAUCCACCUGGAACGCUUUCCCGUGCACAGAGCCGCUUUCAGCCAGGACGGAGAGUCGGUGAUCGCCACCAGCGUGAGGAACCGGAUGUUCUACUUGUACGACAUGAUGGAGGGCCGCGUAUCGCCAGUGCACAGUGUCCGAGGUCUAAAGGAAACCAGAGUGAAGGAGUUCUCAGUGUGUCCCGAUGGGGGCGCUCUGCUUUUAACCGGAACCAGUGGAUACCUGCACCUGCUGACGCUCAAGACCAUGGAGGUGGUCCACAGCAUGAAGAUCAACGGGAACGUCAGCGGCGUGGCCUUUUCUCGUGACGGCAGCAAAUUCUUUACAAACUCAGAGGACGGGGAGGUGUACGUGUGGGACGUGCGCAGCAGCAGGUGCAUCAACAGGUUCGCUGAUGACGGAUGCGUGAAGGGGACAUCCAUCGCCGCCUCUGCGGACGGCCGCUACCUGGCCUGCGGGUCUCAGUCUGGAGUGGUCAACAUCUACUCCCAGGAGGCGUGUCUUAGUUCAGCCAAUCCCAAACCUCUGAAGGCGGUUAUGAAUCUGCUGACCGCCGCCACCGCCCUCGCCUUUAACCCCACCUCUGAGAUCUUGGCGAUUGCCUCGCAGGCGGAGGACGAGGCCGUGCGGCUGGUGCACCUGCGCAGCCUGUCGGUGUUCUCCAACUUUCCUGUGGCCAACAGGAAGCUGCUCCACCGAGCCGCCUGCCUGCACUUCUCCCCUCACAGUGGCUUCUUCUCAUUGGCUAACAACAAAGGCCACGCCCCCCUUUUCAGGCUGCUGCAUUACAGUGACUUCUAAGGACCAGUGGUGGGGGCGGAGCCUCUAUUGUGUCCAGGAGGAGGGGCUUCAGCCUGGGAGUCAGCUGACCUGUCAGGACGUCACAGGAACCAUUUGAUCUGCUUCUGUUGUCGUUUCAGCUGUUUAAUAAAGUUUUGAUCCAAAAUGA